ACCAAAAAGUGACAAGCAAAUAACCCAACCUAAACAUGGCGUCCGACGGUGAAGAUGUUAUCACAGACCAAGAAAAAGUUAAAAUAGUAUCGGAUUUCAUUCUCCAUUCGCCGCCUGGCGAAUUUAAUGAAGUCUUUAACGACGUACGAAAACUCCUCAAUAAUGACGACCUACUAAAGGAGGGCGCCAGCGGGGCAUUCGCCCAGUACAACAAAGACCAACUGACCCCAGUGAAAAUAGAAAACUCCGAUAACUUAGUGCUCAUCACCGAAUACAACGAUCAGGGAAACAACAGAUUUUUCGACCCGCGAAGCAGGCAGAGCUUUAAGUAUGACCACCUGCGAAAAGAGGCCUCCGACUACCAGACGUACACCCCGGAUCCAGCGGCGGAGCCCUGGCGCUCCGCUCUCGACGCUGAGUUCAUCCAGUACACCAGGAAUCAUUACCGGGACGGGGUGUGCAGUGUGGUGGGCAGGAACCAAGGGGGCAACGUGGUCUUGACAGUUUGCAUCGAAGACCACCAGUUCCAGCCAAAGAACUUCUGGAACGGCAGGUGGAGGUCGCAGUGGUCGAUCUCUCUGAAUGGAGGAUCCGUGGCAGAAGUUAGAGGUGUGUUGAAGGUGCAGGUACACUACUACGAGGAAGGCAAUGUCCAGCUGGUUAGCACGAAGGAAAUCAAAGAGUCAGUAGUGGUAACGAACGAGGCUCAAACGGCAAAGGAAAUAGUCCAGGUUGUUAUGAUUUAUGGAUUUUCACUAAUAUGACACUGAUUGAAAGUA